AUGGGGGGGAGUGGUGACGUCGCUGCGCCCUCCUCCUCAGGCCCCGCCUUCCCCCCUGCGACCAUCCCCCAUGCGCCAGCCGCGUUUGGCUCCCCCUCCGCCGCCGCCCAGCCACCCCCUGGCGCAGCUGCUGCCUCCCCUUCUGGCGCUAACGUGCGCUCCUCCCCGUCCUCCGCCGCUGCUGCAGCAUCCACCAUUGCGAAGCUAUCGAUCGGCCCCACACCUCUCAUGCUCCCUGCCACAGCCGCUCGUGGGAAUAUCCCUGAGUCCCCGGGCCCGUCCUUUGGGGUGGCGCCUUCCCCGGGUGUGCCUGCCUUCGCCCCGCCCUUUGGAGCCAAGUUUACUGAUAGGGGCGGGAGUGUGAGCGCGGGUGGCGCAGGGGGAGGGGGGGGGAGGGCGGAAGGGGGAGGAGGAGGAAGCAGUGGGGUGAGAGUGGGGGAAGAAGGAGGUGAAACGGGUGGUGGAGGCGGCGCGGGAGGAGGAGGGGGAGGAAGGGGGGGAAAACAGCAAGGGAGAACAGCAGGAGGGAGAGGUGUGAGGGGGAUGGAGGGAGUGAAGGAGGACGAGGCUGAGGGGCGAGAUGUGGAAGCGGUUGCUGCUGCUGCUGCUGCUGCUGCUGCUGCUGCUGGGGUUGGUGGCGGUGGGGGUGGUGCAGGCGGUGGGGUUACUGGUGGAGGGUCCAGCACAGGAAUAGGAGGAGCAGCGGGGUUGAAUGGGGCAGGGCACCAUCAUCAACAGCAACCGCAUGUGCAUCACACCCAGGCACAUGGGCACGGGCAUGUGCAUGGGCAUGGGAAUGUGCAUGGGCAUGCUGUGGGUCAUGGGCAUGGGGAGAGGCAUGGGCAUGGGGAGAGGCAUGGGCAUGGGGAGAGGCAUGGGCAUGGGGAGAGGCAUGGGCAUGGGGAGAGGCAUGGGCAUGGGGAGAGGCAUGGGCAUGGGGAGAGGCAUGGGCAUGGGGAGAGGCAUGGGCAUGGGGAGAGGCAUGGGCAUGGGGAGAGGCAUGGGCAUGGGGAGAGGCUUCAUGGGGCAAGUGCAGGGUCAGCAGCAGCAGGGACAGCAGCAGCGGCAGCAGGCGGAGGGGCAGGGGGAGCAGCAGCAGCAGCGGUGGCGGGACCCGCCCAACCGCUCUAUGGGGCGUUAGAAUCAGGCGGGGAGGGUUGCUUCGAUUUGAGAUCCAUUGUGUAA